AUGGGCUUUGGCAGCAUGAGGCGAGGGGCGAGGGGCCUGAGGGGCAGAGACAGGCCGGCCGCCCCGCAGUGCCUGCAGACCCAGUGCUUCGACCCGCUGGUUCGCAAAUGUGUGGCCUGCAGUCUCCUCCGGACAACAGAGCCUAGACCGGCCUCGCCUCCCUCCGACCCUCCCCCUCCCCGCUCCUCUCUCCCCUCUGCCCCGUGCUCUGCCUGCCCGUCCCCUCCAGCAGGCGGCCCGAGCAGCCUGGCGCCCGGGACGGUGCUGCAGCCGCAGGAGUCGGUGGGCCCGGGGGCCACCGCCGAGGCCGAGGCCGCGCUGCCACUCCCGGCGCUGCUCUUCGGCGCCCCCGCGCUGCUGGGCCUGGCGCUGGCCCUGGUCCUGCUGGGCCUGGUGAGCGGGAGGCGCCGACGGCGACGGCCCGCCGCGGCGGCUGCCCCAGAGGCCCUGGAGGCCCCGGAUGGAGACCAGGCUGAGCCCCUGGACAGUGACAGCAUCCUCUCUCCGGGAACCCUGGAUGCCACAGCUCCCAUCUGGCUUCCGCCCAGUGAAGACCCAGCUACCACCCCACCUGCCCACAGCGUCCCUGUGCCAGCCACAGAGCUGGGUUCCACUGAGCUGGUGACCACUAAGACGGCCGGCCCGGAGCAACCGUAG